UUAUGAUAGGCUUAUGGCGGCACUGAAAUGGUGGGCACAGCUGCCAAGCCAUGGAUGAUGUUGAAGGAGAUCUCAUCCAAUGGCAACUGUCAGACAGUGGAUGUGAUUUACCCUCACUUUCCCGUUCAGUUAUAUCUGAACCCAACUCUACUGCGACUCCUUAUGGAGCCAUUGCUCGACAAUCAGGAGAGAGGGUUCUUCCCCAAGAAGUAUUGUAUCCAUGAUUUGGGGACUCAUUAUCCCCGUUGUAUUGGACACACAGAUGGCAAACAGGAGGACAUGGAGGUGGAGGAGAGCGCCAAUAUGGUGAUCAUGAUGUCAGCCUAUGUCAGGGCCACUAAUGAUAAACAAUUUGCUCAAAAACACUAUAACAUCGCAGAACAGUGGACACAGUAUUUGGUGGAUAACGGGUUGAUCACCGGCGACGCUCUAACCACUGAUGACUUUUUGGGAACAAUCAAGAACUCGACAAACCUCUCACUGAAAGCCAUUAUAGGCAUCGGAGCUAUGGCUCAGUUGGCGGAAGUGGUCGGCAAUCACGACGACCAACAAAAGUAUAGACAAAUCGCUGAGAAAUAUGUGACGGAAUGGAUUCGUAUGGGAGAAGACCCCUCUAAUAAACACAUGAAACUCAGUUAUAAUGACAACAACACCUGGUUUAUGAUCUAUAAUCUCUAUGCGGACGUCAUUUUGGACACCAAAUUGGUUCCCGAAUCGAUAUACAAACAACAGGACGAGUGGUACCUAUCGAUGCAAAAUUAUUAUGGCCUACCCUUAGAGAGUGGUACACCUCAUACAAAGUUUGAUUGGGUUAUGUUUACGGCCGCCGCCUCCACUAACGCCAAACUCCGACAGUCUAUGUUUGAUAGGACUGCCCAAUGGCUUCGGGAAACGCCAGACCACGUGCCCUUCUCGGACUGGGUUGACACACAAACUGGUGGUUCCCGAGGAUUUAAGAAUCGUCCUGUUAUUGGGGGUAGUUGCAGUGCUGUUGACAACGAUGUAUUACCAGCCGUACCACUAGUGGUUAAAAGUCCAUACCUGUCCACAUGGAUGACCAGUCCCCAGUUGAUGGGUGAUUGGCCCCGAUUCUGGAACGGAAACAUUAAAGGUAUGGCCGGUUUGGUGAGAGUGAACGGACAGACCUACGAGUUUAUGGGUCACCCGACUCAGGAAGAUAUUGGUACUAAAUUGCAGGCCAAACAGGUGUCCCUUAGGGUGACUCCCACUCAGUCUAUAUUCACGUUCAAUGCCGGCCCCAUCGCACUGGCAGUCAAUUUCUUCACACCCAUCGACCCGACAGAUCUCAAGCGACUGUCACUCCCGGCCUCUUAUAUAUCGGUGAGCGCCUGGUCUCUGGAUUCGGCCACUCAUGAGGUUGAGGUUUAUCUCGAUAUAACUGGCGAAUGGACUUCCGGUGACUCCAAUGAAGAGGUGGUUUGGGAUAUGAAGGAAAUAAAAGUCAAUAAAACCAUAAUUACUGGUGAUAUGAGACUCAAGAAUCAGAAACCUUUUGAGGAAAAUAACGAAUCGGCUCAAUGGGGAACAGUUAAGUUCUUCACCGAUACCACAGUCACUCAUGAGGUAUGA